AUGACGAAUGACUUGCCAAGAUCGCAGGUGGACAGUACAAGAGUACUGUUGUGCAAUGUCUGCGUCGCCUCAUCCAUUCACGACAUGCGUUUCUCAACCUCAGUCAUUCUCGGCUCUCAACGCUAGUGCUCUUCUCGCUCUCUCAGCUCCCCCUCAGUUCGAAGAGCGCGUAUUGAGCAGGCGCAAUGCCAUUCGUCGUCCUACCAAACUUCCAGUUCAAGAAGAUGAGCCGCCUGGUUCUUCAGAAGUCGUCAACAAUGGGGCUCAAGCAUUAGAUUCGUUCGGCCACAUCAUUACCAAUGGUAUCAAAGCAUUCAACAACAGCCAGCUCAAGCUCAGGUACAGGCGGUUCAGGGCAAUUCACGCCGUGCACUUGAAACUCGCAUCUUCAAGCUCAAUCUCCAUAGGCAGUCGUCAGAGACUAUCAAGAAUAGCGCUCAAGCCGCGGAAGCUAGUGGGGAUAUCGCAAACAAGGGGAUACAAACUGCACAGAACCGACAACAGCUUGACCUCCAGGAACAAGGGGCUGACCAGAAUUCCCGCCGUGACAUCCAGCCUGACAGUUUCGACUCCUGCGCGAGCUUGGUGUUCCAUUUUGUUCCGCAUGAAGUGUCUGAGCGGCAGCAUGACUCAGUGACCAAAUGCUCUUCGAAAAUAAAUCUAAGACCUUUCCAAGGGAUCGUUCCCAUCCGCCCUCAGAGUUAUUACGGCGUUUAGGCGGAGGUUCUCAUACACCGUGAAAUAGGAUCCCGCAAGCUACUUUUGCGUUCAGGACUCCAACUACUACGUAGGGGCCCUCGCGAGCCCGAGGCGCGAAAACUGAGGUUCAAACCCAAGAAACUCCAGUAUCGCGAAUGCUGCCGAAGCUGCUGACCAUGUUAGCCUUUUCAUCAACGGGGUUAUCUCGAUGGUACUUAAUAGGCACACCUCAUCCCUCAUCUAUCGUGUAGCAUUGUAAGAAUGAAAUGCAUCGGCUUUGGGGACCUCAUACGUUGAGGACCGCCUGUAAUUCUCAAGAGUCUUUGAGUCACUCGACUUUGUCACGCGAAAUUAGGAAGCGAGCUGCCUAGUGUUCUUCAUCUCGCCCACCAAUAUCCCAAGUACCCAUUUGAUAGCCAAGAGAGGGGGGAGUUCUUGAGCCCUAACAUUUUGGUGUUGAGGCAGCUAAGGACUUUCAAGUUGGAAUUUCGAAUCGUAAUUUAUCACUGAAUAGACUCCGGAUGAUAAU